AGAUCGAGACACUUAAUGCAGAUGAAAUGAGCUUCACAGUAUUCAACUGGUAGCAACGGCGCGCUUAAGACCCAAUUUUAUUCAGUUUCAACAACAGCAUCAAGACAAAUCUCACCAGAGAAACAUGGCUGUCCCUGGUAAAAAAGUAUCAAAGAAAUUAUCUUCAACUCUGUCUCCAGGUUCUGAAGAAGAUUUCGAAGUUUUCUGUCAGCCAUGUGACAGAGAUGACCUCAGACUACCUGCUGCUGGUUACUGUGUAGAUUGUCAAGAGCACCUGUGUGACUCGUGCUUUAACACCCACAGAAGACCAAAACUACUUCGACAUCAUAAACUCCUAGAUAAAGACAACAUGCCACACACACAAAAUCUUUCUACAAUGUAUAGUUCUACUACUGUUGAACAGCCAGAUGAUCUUACAUCUCCUUGCUCUAAACACACAAAGGAAAUGAUCAAGUUCUACUGCCAUGACCAUAAAGCACUUCUAUGCAGUGUAUGUGUGACCCUUGACCAUACCCGUACAUCCUGCCAAGUUGAUUAUAUACCUGAUAUAUCUGGGCACACCAUCGACAGCACUGAGUUCAAAGAUACUCUUAAAGAGCUUGACAAAAUAACUGAAAAAUGUCAGAAGAUUACAGCAGGUCUAAAGCAAAUGGUUGCAAAAUCAAACACUUCUUUGAGAGAUGUUCUCGCAGAAAUAACAAAGUUUCGAGAAGAGAUCAACCGAAAAUUAGAUGAACUUGAAAAGGAAGCCUCAGAUGCAGCAAAUGCUCUAAAACGAGAGAAUGAAACAAGAUUGAAGACUACAGAAGAAACCUGUGACAGUAUGAUAAAAUCUCUUAAAGCAUCAUCUGAUAUGAUAAAACACCUCAACAAAACCAAGAAAGCAGACAGACUUUUCACUGAGCUUAAAAAUGCUGAGCAACUGCUCCAAGAUAAUGAAGAAAGAAUAUCCCAACUGAAAACUACUGGAGUUACAAAAGAAUAUACAUUUGAUCCAAAUCAAGCCAUUCAAACACUUCUUCAAAACGAGAAGUCACUUGGUACAUUAACAGCAAAAAUACUAAAACAGCCAAGUCCUCCUUCAACCCCAGCUUUAAAAUCAAGAACAAUUUCACAUCAUAAAAACAUCUGUGUCAAGACAUCAUCAGAUAAAUAUAAUUGUUAUAUAACAGGAAUUGCAGCUUCUUUUCCAAACCAAAUAUUUCUAGCAGAUUAUAACAAUCACUCAAUUAAAAUGGUAGACAUCAAUAGUAAAGCUGUUCAACAACUGAACCUAGAUUCAUGGCCAUGGGAUAUUAUCACAACCACCAGAGAUGAACUUGCUGUUACAAUGCCAGAUUACCAUACAAUACAGUUGAUAUCCUACUCCUCAAACAGACUCUCUAAGAAAAACACACUUAAAGUAGAUGGAAAGUGUUAUGGUAUCAGUUAUUGUCAGGGAAAACUUGCAGUAACAUUUCAGAUUCCUGCAAAACUGCAAAUCAUGGACUUGAAAGGCACUGUACUAACAACAGUCAUAACAAACUCAAAUGGUGAAAAUAUUUUCAGUGCACCAGAGUAUGUGACCACCAACAGCAAUGCUAUCUAUGUAUCUGACUAUGGAAUGAAAGCAGUUAUCUGGUUAAACUGGCAAGGAGAAAUAAUGGGUAGUUAUGAAGGAAUGGGAUUUCCAAAAGGUCUUGCCAUGUUAGACGAAGGAUCCUUCUUUGUGACUGAUAAGGAAAAAAACAAAAGGAACAUACUCAAUGUAAAUGGUGACUGUAAAAAGAGUACAACUGUACUGAAGGAUUUAGAUCGUCCAGCGGCUAUUUGCUGGUGUAAUGCAACCAAAACAAUUUAUGUCAGUAACUGGAGUGAUGACAAAAAAGAAAUGAACUUCAUUCAAAUCUACAAAAUGUCAUAACUUAGAGAACUGACUUUAUACUGAUACAGAAUCAAAGUGCAAACAACAUCAAAAUAAUGUAAAAGUCAUUUUUAGUUAAUCUUCAUAUAUUUGUAUUCUCAUUUAAAUUGCACAUAAAACAACAAGCUUGGAUAUACACCAGACUCAACUACUGAAAUAAUUUGCAAGCCAGAGUUUUAUCCAUCUGACUUCACAAUGUUAUGAAGGUGCAUAUAUAGGCUGGAAAUAAACAGAAGCAGUCAA